CACGUACUGAAUUAUUCAGUUCUUCGGUAGUUUAUUGUUUCAUCUCCCUCUGAAAAAAUGGCUUUCGCAGAUGUUGAGUACGGGCCGCAGUUCAGGUGCUUCGUCGGUGGAUUGAACUUUAAUACCAUCCAAGACGACCUGGAAAGGACUUUCGCAAAUUACGGCAAGGUUACGGAAACCAAGAUUAUCAAGGAUCGUGAAACUGAAAGAUCCAGGGGAUUCGGUUUUGUUACCUUUGAAACUGAAAAAGGGAUGAAGGAUGCGAUCGCGGGUUUGAACGGCAUGGAACUUGAUGGCCGUACAGUUACCGUUAACGAGGCACAGCCUCGCGAGAACAGCGGCGGCGGGUCACGCAGUGGCGGAUACGGUAACCGUGAAGGUGGCUCUUAUGGUAAUCGGCGUGAAGGUGGUGGUUACAGAGGCGGCCGUGGCUAUGGAAGUGGCGGCCGUGGUUACAGAGGCAGUGACGACCGUGGUUACGGAGGCGACAAUAGCCGUGGAUACGGAGGUGGCGAUAGCCGUGGUUACGGCGGCGGCGACAGAAGUAGCUACGGCAGCGGCGAACAGCAUGGUUACGGAGGCGGCCAAAGUGGUGGUGCAUAUGGAGGAGGUGGCUACAGGAGCGGUGGUGCUCCCGACGGAAACUGGAGGGAUUGAUGGACUUGUUUUUUAAUUCCUUGUUUGGCGGUUUACUACUAAUAUGUCCCGCGCUUUUUGGGCGCUUCAAUUAGUUUCACAUGGUUUCUGGUCACUGUUCAAUGUUUUUGCGGUUGUUUGUGUUCGUAUUUGGUCGCUACUGGUGGUUAUGCUGAAAUUUUACACGGAGUAGAUUAAUAACAGCUCCAUUGCGAUGAAAUUUCAUAAAAAGCUGGGCUGGUAAUGUAGAUCUUGAACUGUUGGACAUGUAAAUAAUUGACCCAUGA